AUGGCAUAUCUAUGCUUUUCAUCGUUCAUACUAGCGUCUCUCGCUGCACUGUCAGCCUCCCAGAGCACACUUACUGCAAACCCAGCACACUCUGCUAUUCCCACAGCGUACCCAAACCCUUAUGAAUCGUCACAUCGAAACAAUUCUUGGCUACAGCAGCACAAUGGAUCAUGGUUCGAUGCAUCACAGCCAAACUCUCCCUGGAGCAAUGCAACUGAUUCGAAUGGAAAUUACGAGGCCGCGUAUACACCUGGUAGAGCACCUGCGAUACCUCUGGCAGUGAGAUCACCUUACACAUCAGCAUGGACUUCGACUGCAAACAAUGGUUCUCUGAACUCUCAAUUUCCCAUAUUUUGGGAUGGCUCAGCUCUUGGUUGGGAGGGAAUAGUCACAGUAGACGGCAUGUCCUAUGAAUGGAUGGGCAUCGGAUCUCGAGGGUUGCCCCAACUAGACAAUUUCGUUUCAGCAAUCCCUCUUACAACUGCGUACGACUCAUCAUACUCGAACUUCACUUUUGCAGCAGGCCCUAUCGAGCUUACAGCCAGUUUCUUUUCACCUGUGAUCCCAACAGACCUAUGCAGAACCUCGACUCCCUUAUCAUAUCUAUCAGUCUCAGUGAUUUCUCGAGAUGGCGGCUACCACAACGUGUCACUUUACACCGACAUCAACGGCGGCUGGGUCACACAGCCAGCAGCACCACUCAAUUGGACACUAUUCGAGAACGACGUUACAGUCAAUGGCUCGAGAGUGAUAGUUUCACCUGACGCUCUGUACUCGUGGAACAUCCGACUUCAGAACGCGUAUGAGUUUGGAGAACAGAAUGGACAAGAUGUGGCUCGUGCUAAUCAGGGCGUCUUCCCUCAAUGGGGCAAUUUCACCUGGUCCUCCAUGCAGGGCUCUGCAGAAGCUCUACAAUUUCAGUCAGGAUUCGCAGUCAACCAGCGAUUCAGAUACGUCAUGGGGAUCUCUCUCAACAACUCGAUCGAUGAGGCGUACCGAUCUUAUACUGAGCAAGAGCCUGUGUUUGCAUUCGAGCACUCUCUGGGUGAAGUUGGGCCUGACGGCACGAGUCCAGUCUUGUACACCAUUGGCCACGUCGUUCAACCCGCCGUCCGAUUCUUGGGUUCAGUUGGAAUCGAGUCGUUAGACCCAUGGUGGUCAUCUUCAUCGUGUUAUGGACCGGAUUUACAAUCAAUGACAUACAAUCACUACCACGAUCUAGCAACAGCACAACGACUAGCCGCUCAAUUCGAGUCCAAAUUGAGAAACGACAUCAACUUAUACUACGGAAACAGCAACGACAGUCCCGGCCAACAAUCCCCACCACAACAAUGGUACAAUGGUACAGACGGCCAAGAAAUCAGCGGCGUCGACCAAUUCGGCCAGCAAUACAUCUUCAAUUCCGACAACGCCUACGGCUACCUCACCCCCUCCUCCAACGGCUGUAACUCCACUCUCGAUGGCAUAGCCAUCCCCGACACCUCCGAACAAGACUCCUACUACGCCAUCACAGCCCUCGCAGCACGACAGGUCCUCGCCGCCUACGUCCUCACCACACCUUCCCGCUCAACAAACAACAACAACACCGAACCUCUCGCCUUUCAGAAAGAAAUAUCCAGCAACGGCAACACCAACACUGUGGACGUCAUCUUCCCCGCCAUCCCAUUCUUCCUCUGGAGUAACACGGACAUCCUACGCUACGUCCUCAACCCGCUCUUCAUCAACCAGGAGACAAACUUCUACCCAAACGACUAUAGCAUGCAUGAUCUCGGAUCGCGCUUCCCGAACGCUACCGGCCACGUGGAGGGCGACGACGAGUACAUGCCCGUCGAGGAGUCGGGAAACAUGAUCAUCAUGAUGUUGGCGAUUUACCGCUUUAGUCAGAAUCAGAACGUCGGGCUGAGUUACCUGGUGCAGCACUAUGCGAUCCUGAAGCAGUGGGCGAUGUACCUGAUCGAGUACUCCUUGAUUCCAUCAGUGCAGCUCAGCACGGACGAUUUCGCAGGUGAACUUGCUAACCAGACGAAUCUGGCUAUUAAGGGUAUUGUCGGUCUUGCUGCCAUGGCUCAGAUUAGUGCUGCGGUAGGGGACGGGGUAGCUGCGGCUAAUUACUCUCUCACAGCGCAGAACUACUACAAACAGUGGGAGACGCUCGGCAUCGACCCUUCAGGCACACAUACCUUACUUGCGUAUCAAUGGCGCAGCUCCUGGGGCUUACUUUACAACGUCUACCCUGCCAAACUGCUCAAUCUCUCCAUCAUCCCACAGUCGCUGUAUGAUCAGCAAUCAGCCUACUACCCUAGCGUAAGCCAGGUCUGGGGCGUCCCGCUGGACAACAGACAUGACUGGACGAAAUCGGACUGGGAGAUGUGGACGGCCGCGACGUGCCAGCCGAGCACGAGACGGUUGUUUGUGGAUUCGAUUGCGUAUUGGCUUAAUACAACGAGUAGCGAUAGGCCUUUUUCGGAUUUGUUCCAGACGAUUAAUCGGGGGGAGAGUCCGGAGGAUCCGAAUCCCAUUGAGUUCUUUGCGAGACCGGUGCAGGGUGGGCUGUAUAGUUUGUUGGCGUUGCUUGCGAGUGGGCAGACUGGUGGUGGGAGUUGA